GGAGCGGGGACUGGCGGAGGCGGCGAGGGAGGGAGCGCGAGUGAAGAGGCACGCGCCCGCCCGUCCGCGCCCAGACCGCCGCAGCCGCCUUAGCAGCCAUGGCCGAGCGCCGAGCCUUUGCCCAGAAGAUCAGCAGAACUGUGGCUGCUGAAGUUAGGAAGCAGAUUUCUGGACAGUACAGUGGUUCUCCCCAGCUGCUCAAAAACCUCAACAUUGUUGGCAGUAUAUCCCAUCAUACCACAGUGCCCCUUACUGAAGCAGUGGAUCCAGUGGAUUUGGAAGAUUACCUCAUUACUCAUCCUUUAGCUGUGGAUUCUGGGCUUUUAAGGGAUUUGAUUGAAUUCCCUCCAGAUGAUAUUGAAGUGGUUUAUAGUCCUAGGGACUGUAGAACCCUUGUUUCAGCUGUACCUGAAGAAAGUGAAAUGGAUCCACAUGUUAGAGAUUGUAUAAGAAGUUAUACAGAAGACUGGGCAAUUGUGAUCAGAAAAUAUCAUAAACUGGGAACAGGAUUUAAUCCUAAUACAUUAGAUAAACAGAAAGAAAGGCAAAAAGGUUUGCCAAAACAGGUCUUUGAAUCUGAUGAAGCUCCAGAUGGCAACAACUACCAGGAUGAACAAGAUGAUCUUAAAAGACGUUCAAUGUCAAUAGAUGAUACUCCAAGGGGUAGCUGGGCCUGCAGUAUUUUUGACUUGAAAAAUUCACUUCCUGAUGCUUUGCUUCCCAAUUUACUUGAUCGAACUCCAAAUGAAGAAAUAGACCGUCAGAAUGAUGACCAAAGGAAAGCAAACCGUCAUAAGGAACUCUUUGCCUUGCAUCCAUCACCAGAUGAGGAAGAACCAAUAGAACGACUUAGUGUUCCUGAGGUGCCCAAAGAACAUUUUGGUCAAAGACUUCUUGUAAAAUGUUUAUCACUCAAGUUUGAGAUUGAAAUUGAACCCAUUUUUGCAAGUUUGGCUUUAUAUGAUGUGAAGGAAAAGAAAAAGAUUUCAGAAAACUUUUAUUUUGACCUUAAUUCUGAGCAGAUGAAAGGAUUAUUACGUCCACAUGUACCACCUGCUGCCAUUACCACCCUGGCACGAUCAGCUAUUUUUUCUAUCACUUAUCCUUCCCAAGAUGUUUUUCUUGUAAUAAAGCUAGAAAAAGUGCUACAGCAAGGAGACAUUGGAGAGUGUGCAGAACCAUAUAUGAUUUUCAAAGAAGCAGAUGCCACCAAGAAUAAGGAAAAAUUGGAGAAGCUGAAAAGUCAAGCUGAUCAGUUUUGCCAAAGACUUGGGAAGUAUCGCAUGCCUUUUGCUUGGACUGCAAUCCAUUUAAUGAAUAUUGUUAGCAGUGCUGGGAGUUUGGAAAGAGAUUCUACAGAGGUAGAAAUAAGCACUGGAGAACGAAAGGGGUCUUGGUCAGAGAGGAGGAAUUCUAGUCUGGUUGGCAGAAGAUCACUUGAAAGGACAACAAGUGGAGAUGAUUCUUGUAACUUGACCAGCUUUCGACCUGCUACUCUCACAGUGACAAAUUUUUUUAAGCAGGAAGGAGAUCGCUUAAGUGAUGAAGAUCUGUACAAAUUCCUUGCUGAUAUGAGAAGGCCAUCUUCUGUUUUACGGCGACUAAGACCUAUUACAGCUCAGCUGAAGAUAGACAUUUCUCCUGCACCUGAAAAUCCCCAUUAUUGCCUAACACCAGAGCUGCUUCAAGUGAAGCUUUACCCUGACAGUAGAGUUAGACCUACCAGAGAAAUUUUGGAGUUUCCUGCAAGGGAUGUCUAUGUUCCAAACACUACUUACAGAAACCUUCUCUACAUAUACCCUCAGAGUCUCAAUUUUGCCAACCGUCAAGGUUCUGCCAGAAAUAUAACAGUUAAAGUCCAGUUUAUGUAUGGGGAGGAUCCUAGCAAUGCCAUGCCGGUAAUCUUUGGUAAAUCUAGCUGUUCAGAAUUUUCAAAGGAAGCCUAUACAGCCGUAGUAUAUCAUAACAGGUCUCCUGAUUUUCAUGAAGAAAUCAAGGUUAAACUCCCUGCUACUUUAACUGACCAUCAUCACUUGCUUUUUACUUUUUAUCAUGUUAGUUGUCAACAAAAACAAAAUACUCCUCUUGAAACUCCUGUUGGAUACACGUGGAUACCGAUGCUUCAGAAUGGACGAUUAAAGACUGGGCAGUUUUGCCUACCGGUCUCACUGGAAAAACCGCCACAGGCUUAUUCUGUACUAUCUCCUGAGGUUCCUCUACCUGGCAUGAAAUGGGUAGAUAAUCACAAAGGUGUUUUUAAUGUUGAAGUUGUUGCUGUUUCAUCUAUCCAUACACAGGAUCCUUAUCUUGAUAAGUUUUUUGCUCUGGUGAAUGCUCUGGAUGAACACAUGUUCCCAGUCCGAAUUGGAGACAUGCGAAUCAUGGAAAAUAACUUAGAAAAUGAAUUGAAGAGCAGUAUUGCAGCAUUGAAUUCAUCUCAGUUGGAACCAGUGGUCCGAUUUCUUUAUCUUCUGCUUGAUAAACUGAUACUUUUAGUUGUUAGACCUCCUGUCAUUGCUGGCCAAAUAGUAAAUCUAGGUCAAGCAUCAUUUGAAGCCAUGGCAUCAAUUAUAAAUCGGCUUCACAAAAACUUGGAAGGAAAUCAUGACCAGCAUGGCAGAAGCAGCCUUCUCGCAUCAUAUAUCUAUUAUGUUUUUCGCCUACCGAAUACUUACCCUAAUUCACCAUCACCAGGUCCUGGGGGUUUGGGAGGAUCAGUGCAUUAUGCCACAAUGGCUAGAUCUGCUGUGAGACCUGCAAGCCUUAAUUUAAAUCGUUCUCGGAGCCUUAGUAAUAGUAAUCCAGAUAUAUCUGGAACUCCCACGUCACCAGAUGAUGAAGUACGGUCAAUCAUCGGCAGUAAGGGUUUAGACCGCUCCAAUUCCUGGGUUAACACUGGUGGUCCAAAAGCUGCCCCAUGGGGAUCCAACCCCAGUCCAAGUGCAGAAUCAACACAGGCUAUGGAUCGAAGUUGUAAUCGUAUGUCUUCGCACACAGAGACGUCAAGUUUCUUACAAACAUUAACGGGACGCUUACCAACUAAAAAGGGAAAGGAAGAUGAGUUAGAAAAAUUAUCACUCUUACUAUUUCAUGAGGAGCUGGCUUUGCAGUGGGUUGUUUGCAGUGGCAGCGUUCGGGAAUCAGCUUUGCAACAAGCCUGGUUCUUUUUUGAGUUAAUGGUAAAGAGCAUGGUGCACCAUUUAUACUUUAAUGAUAAACUUGAUGCACCAAGGAAAAGUCGUUUUCCAGAACGUUUCAUGGAUGACAUUGCUGCUCUUGUCAGCACAAUUGCUAGUGAUAUAGUUUCACGAUUUCAGAAGGACACAGAAAUGGUUGAGAGACUCAACACAAGCCUUGCAUUCUUUCUCAAUGAUCUGUUGUCUGUUAUGGACAGAGGAUUUGUCUUUAGCCUUAUAAAGACCUGCUAUAAACAGGUAUCUUCAAAGCUUUAUUCAUUACCAACUCCAAGUGUCUUGGUGUCCCUGAGGCUGGAUUUUCUGCGCAUCAUCUGCAGCCAUGAGCACUAUGUUACCUUAAACUUACCCUGCAGCCUGCUAACUCCACCUGCGUCACCAUCACCUUCUGUUUCUUCUGCAACAUCUCAGAGUUCUGGAUUUUCCACCACUGUGCAAGACCAGAAGAUUGCAAAUAUGUUUGAAUUGUCUGUGCCUUUCCGCCAGCAACAUUAUUUGGCAGGACUUGUGUUAACAGAGCUGGCUGUCAUUUUAGACCCGGAUGCUGAAGGACUGUUUGGAUUGCAUAAGAAAGUCAUCAAUAUGGUACACAAUUUACUAUCCAGUCACGACUCAGACCCACGGUACUCUGACCCCCAGAUAAAGGCUCGGGUGGCUAUGUUGUAUCUACCUCUGAUUGGCAUUAUCAUGGAAACUGUUCCUCAGCUGUAUGAUUUUACAGAAACUCACAAUCAACGAGGAAGACCAAUCUGUAUAGCCACCGAUGAUUAUGAGAGUGAGAGCGGAAGCAUGAUAAGCCAGACAGUUGCCAUGGCAAUUGCAGGAACAUCAGUUCCUCAGCUAACAAGGCCCGGCAGUUUCCUCCUCACAUCAACGAGUGGCAGACAACACACUACCUUUUCAGCAGAAUCAAGUCGGAGUCUUUUGAUCUGUCUGCUUUGGGUUCUCAAGAAUGCAGAUGAGACAGUUUUACAAAAGUGGUUUACAGAUCUCUCAGUCCUGCAGCUAAACCGGCUAUUAGAUCUGCUUUAUCUUUGUGUAUCUUGCUUUGAGUACAAAGGAAAGAAAGUGUUUGAAAGAAUGAAUAGUUUGACCUUUAAGAAAUCAAAGGACAUGAGAGCAAAGCUUGAGGAAGCUAUUCUUGGAAGCAUAGGUGCUAGGCAAGAAAUGGUGCGCCGAAGCCGAGGACAGCUUGAGAGAAGCCCAUCUGGAAGUGCCUUUGGGAGUCAAGAAAAUCUGAGGUGGAGGAAGGAUAUGACUCACUGGCGUCAAAACACUGAGAAGCUUGACAAGUCAAGAGCAGAGAUUGAACAUGAAGCACUGAUUGAUGGAAAUCUGGCUACUGAAGCAAAUCUAAUCAUUUUGGAUACAUUAGAGAUUGUUGUCCAGACAGUUUCUGUAACAGAAUCCAAAGAGAGCAUCCUUGGUGGGGUGCUGAAAGUGCUACUACAUAGCAUGGCCUGUAAUCAAAGUGCAGUUUAUCUACAACACUGUUUUGCUACCCAGAGAGCCCUGGUUUCAAAGUUCCCUGAACUCUUGUUUGAAGAGGAGACAGAGCAGUGUGCUGAUUUAUGCCUCCGGCUUCUCCGGCACUGUAGCAGUAGCAUCGGUACAAUACGGUCACAUGCUAGUGCCUCCCUUUACCUACUUAUGAGACAGAACUUUGAGAUUGGGAAUAACUUUGCCAGGGUUAAAAUGCAGGUAACCAUGUCACUGUCUUCCUUGGUGGGCACGUCUCAGAAUUUUAAUGAAGAAUUCUUAAGACGUUCUCUAAAGACUAUACUGACAUAUGCUGAAGAAGACUUGGAAUUGAGGGAGACAACAUUUCCUGAUCAGGUCCAAGAUUUGGUUUUCAAUCUCCAUAUGAUCCUUUCUGAUACUGUUAAAAUGAAGGAACACCAGGAGGAUCCUGAAAUGUUGAUUGAUCUAAUGUACAGAAUUGCCAAGGGGUACCAGACCUCUCCAGACCUGCGGCUGACCUGGUUGCAGAACAUGGCUGGCAAACACUCGGAACGCAGCAAUCAUGCUGAAGCUGCCCAGUGCCUCGUUCACUCAGCAGCACUUGUUGCUGAAUAUCUGAGCAUGCUGGAGGACCGGAAAUAUCUUCCUGUGGGAUGUGUAACAUUUCAGAAUAUUUCAUCUAAUGUUUUAGAAGAAUCUGCAGUCUCAGAUGAUGUGGUAUCUCCAGAUGAAGAAGGUAUCUGCUCUGGAAAGUACUUUACUGAGUCAGGACUUGUGGGAUUACUGGAACAAGCAGCUGCUUCUUUCUCUAUGGCUGGCAUGUAUGAAGCAGUUAACGAGGUUUACAAAGUACUUAUUCCUAUUCAUGAAGCUAAUCGGGAUGCAAAGAAACUAUCCACGAUUCAUGGUAAACUUCAAGAAGCAUUCAGCAAAAUUGUUCAUCAGAGUACUGGCUGGGAGCGGAUGUUUGGCACCUAUUUUCGUGUUGGUUUUUAUGGAACCAAGUUCGGGGAUUUGGAUGAACAGGAAUUUGUUUACAAGGAGCCUGCAAUAACCAAACUUGCAGAGAUAUCUCACAGAUUGGAGGGAUUUUAUGGAGAAAGAUUUGGAGAGGAUGUGGUUGAAGUAAUCAAGGAUUCUAAUCCUGUAGACAAGUGUAAAUUAGAUCCUAACAAGGCAUAUAUUCAGAUUACCUACGUGGAGCCAUACUUUGACACAUAUGAGAUGAAGGACAGAAUCACAUAUUUUGACAAAAAUUAUAAUCUUCGUCGUUUCAUGUACUGUACACCCUUCACUUUAGAUGGUCGUGCCCAUGGGGAACUUCAUGAACAAUUCAAACGGAAGACCAUUCUGACUACUUCUCAUGCCUUUCCUUAUAUUAAGACAAGGGUUAAUGUCACUCACAAAGAGGAGAUCAUCUUAACACCAAUUGAAGUUGCUAUUGAAGACAUGCAGAAAAAAACGCAGGAGUUGGCAUUUGCCACACAUCAGGAUCCAGCAGACCCCAAAAUGCUUCAGAUGGUACUCCAGGGAUCUGUAGGCACAACAGUGAAUCAGGGGCCUUUGGAAGUUGCCCAGGUUUUCCUGUCUGAAAUACCCAGUGACCCAAAGCUCUUCAGACAUCAUAAUAAAUUGCGACUCUGCUUCAAAGAUUUUACUAAAAGGUGUGAGGAUGCCUUAAGAAAAAAUAAGAGCUUAAUUGGGCCAGAUCAAAAGGAGUAUCAAAGGGAACUGGAGAGAAACUAUCAUCGCCUUAAAGAGGCCCUACAGCCUCUGAUAAACAGAAAGAUCCCUCAGUUAUACAAGGCAGUAUUACCUGUUACCUGCCACAGGGAUUCCUUCAGUAGAAUGAGCCUGCGCAAAAUGGAUCUCUAAUAUAAAUGCACUUGUUUUAUUCAUUUGAAAAAAGCCAUGUAUUCAACAUUGAGUGUGAAAAGAAUUUAAGAACUUUUGAAAAAGACUUAGGACUUAAUUCUGGAAAUUAUAGCAUUAAUUUACUCAUGGAAGAAUGCAGUGGCCAAACAAUAUCAAAUGGCGAUCGCUGAAGUUUGAGAAUCAUGGCUGUGGUUUCUAAUGUUCUGGUAAUAUGCUGUUAUCUUUUUUAAGACAUUUUAAUGACUCAAAGGUACACUUACAUUUACCAUUAUUUAUACCAUAGCUAAUGUUAAAUUUAUUUACUUUAAGUUUGUAUUUUUUAAUUUAUAUUACCAUUUAUAGAUUCGUUUUGGAACCAUUUUAAAUGUAGUAAUUCUUAUUUUAAAGGUACUAUUAAAUAUGUGAAUGUUUACACUAAUUUUACUGAGACUAAAAAAAAUUUUUUUACUGACAAAAGCAGAGAAUAAGUUAGUUGAUUCAAGAAACAGUUCCAAAAAUAGCAAAAUGAAAAUCAUAAUUGACACUUUAUGGGCCGAGAUAAUAGCCCCAAAAUUAAAUAAAUGAAUAAAUUAAUGGGUAGAAAUAAAUUAUUGAUAACUGGUUUGUAAAGUCUUAAAACUGGUUUCUAAAGUAUUUUCCAUUUAGGCACACAAAAAAGGGAUUUAGAAUUGCAGAAGAAACUUUACCUGAUAACUUCUAUCUAUAAAUAACGAUUACAUACUGGGAUAGCUAAUACCAGUGACAGUAGUUUGACUCUCAGCCUUAUUAUAGUAAUGAUAGUAGUAUAAGCAGACCCGUAGCAACUGAAAUGAAUGAUUCCUGUUUUAAAUUAAACAAGACAGUCACUUCAUCAGUUUUUAGUAUUCUAAACUGGUAAAUUAGAAAUCUGCUUUAAACUUAUCUUACAUCCCCAUAAAAAUAACAGAGAGCUGGUGUUUGAUUUUAAUCUACCAGCUGAAUAAGGUAUAGUUAUUUUUUGAUACUUGUAUAGAUUUUACAAAGUGUAUGUAUAAAAGGUAAAAUUAGCUGUUAAUUAAGAGCUAAUUAAUUUAAAAUUGUAACUUUAUGAUAUGAAAGACUAAUGCAGGUCUUUUUCCAACAUAUAUUUCAAUUAUUUGGCAAGUUUUUCCAAGGAAGUGCAUAUUAAUCAUUUCUGGAAGUGUUUGAACAUUUUUUCUUUGUGCAGUAUUGUAACUUAUAGAAAGGUAUCACUUGUAAUCUACCCCUUUGAUCUACUGAUCACUUACAUGAAUCACUUAAGAACUGAUCGAAUAUGGUACCUUCAUUCUCCUGAGACCGUAGAUGUGACGGCUAAUAUUCCCCGCUCCAGCCUACCUUUACAACAGGCAGUAUUAUCUCAGAUUCCUCUUAUCUACAUCAAUUCAAAGACCGAAUCACAGAAAGGUUUUUCAGGUGAGUCUACAGGUGGACCACAACAGGUGAACUAGGAGUCAGAAAAGCAUAACCUCAAAAAUAUAUAUUUGGGAACAGAGGAUCCAGAUGGUCAGUAAGGAAAGGCAGAGUCAAGAACGGAAACUCUUUAAAGCAAACAGAAAAGAAAAGGUAACUUAUUUACAUACUCUCUCCCUCUUUAGGGUGGGGGUGGGGGGAAGAAUAUUAAGUAAUUCCUAGGUAAUUUCUCAUAAAGUUACACCUGUGUAAGAGUUUGGAUUGUCACCUAUCUCAGGGACAAUAUCAAGAACUUUUUUAUAUAAUUACGAUUUAAUUAUCAGACUAAUUGUCUGACGUGAAAUCAGAAGAGGAUUCCUCUCUUAAAACACUGGUGUAACUGAACAUUUCCUUCCUAACUUACCGUGUUCUUCAAUUUUCUUAAAACAAACUUUCUCAUAUCAGAAAUCUACACUAGUUCUUAACUAGUAUAGUUCUGGACUGUCUCUUGAGUGUUACAGAAGCCCUAGUUCUAUCCUAGAACUUCUCCAUCAGAAGCUUAUGAGUAGUGUUCAAGGCUGUUUCAUUUUAAAAGUUCUGUUAGUGACUCCUACUCCCUCAGCUGCUUAUGGUUAGUGUUCAGGGCUAUUCCUUUUUAAAAGUUCCAUUAGUGAUCCUGAACAUAGAAAGUGGCAAGGACUGUGACUUUUUACAUCACACCAUCUUGUGAAAGAAUGUGUAAGACAUUAACUGUGUAGUUUAUUAGUUGACAGGUACUCUUUCUUAUUUGUUGAAGUAGUGUAUAACAGUGUUAUUCCAAGAGUUAUCUAUUCUUUGGAAUUAUAUUUCAUAUUCUUAAUAUCAAGAAUGUCCUUUAACAAGUCAUAAUCGAUCAUUUACCAAUUUAAUAUAUUUAAAGUGAAAAUAUGACCAAGUUUUUUGUGUGCCCAAAGCCUCACCUUAAGUUCUCCAGUUUUGGAUUCCAUAGUUAGUUAUAUGUCUAAAGGGUAUCUAGGUAUGACAAUUUAGAUGGACUAAGCACAAUUUCUCCUAUUUGAAAUACAAUUUCUUCACCUCCAAAUGUCAGAAAGUAUUAUUAAAGGUAAUUAUGCAUGUUUAUUCUCUUCUAUGUAUAUAUAUGUGUGUAUAGUAUGUGUAUAUACACACACUUUUUUAAAAGAGAAUCCAGCUAUAUUUAUGGUAAAAAAUACGCAAGUAAAAAAAUCCUCAAGCAUUUGUAUACACAGUUGUUAAGCAGUUUAAAUUUUAUUGACCUCCUGGUUUUUUUAAAAAAGUUAAAUUUAAGGUCACACCUCUAAGUUCGAUGCAUUAUAUACAGAUCGUGCAGAGUAUGACUAUGAAGAGAUACAAAUUAGUCCACACUGAAAAAGAUUUACUAGGGUACAGAAUCAUUUUCAUAAAUACAUAUAAAAUUCUUGUGAAGAUAGAAGAGGACUGACUCUUCAGGUUUUCUGAGACGCUUUUCAAAGUGAUUGAAGGCACAAAAUGUGCACUAUUGUGAAUACAUACACGUGCCUCUAAUACAGCCCAUCCAAGAUCUGGCUUUAUGACUUACAAAACUAAAUGUACUGAAAUGAGAUUCUGCUUCUUAGCUGAAAAACCACAGAACCUAUAAACAUCAUGUAGAUAAGUACUCCAAAAUAUGGAGAUACAAAUACAAGCACUUUAUUUGAAAAAGCAAACACAAAAGAUAGGUGUAAAUUCAAAGUGUUUAAAUGCUUCCAUUUUGAAUAAUUCAGUUAAGAACCUAUACAAGUUUGUUCCCAGAAGCUAAUGCAUCAAUCACUAGUCUCCACUAAGGAAAAUGAAUUCUAAAAAUUAACAUGGAUUUCAAUAACUCAAAUUUUUACUAUUUAUAUAAAAACCCAGAGAAACCAAUAAUAUCCAGUAGCUUCAAAAGAUAAGCUAAAGACUUUUUGAUGUAAUCAAUUUACCAAUGUUUGUCCAGGUCUGUUUAAUAUAUACACAAGGAAAAUACACUCACUCUAUAAUUUCUUAUAAAAUAGCAAGUAAGGAGUAGAUGUAGGAGAUGUAGAAGGGGAAAGAGAAUUUAAAAAGUCCUUCUCUUCAGUAACUUUCACUUCAGAAUCAUCAAAAAGCAACCACUUCCCCUCAUACUCCUUUAAGCUUUGCACUACAUAUGAAAUUUUGUUUUCAAAACCACUCAUGUUAAUGCCUGUUUGGUCAUUGGAUUCCUUGUUUCUAUCAGAUUCAUGGGUCCCAUUAGUAUUGUUAGUCUCAGAAUUUCUAUUUUCAGCAAAUGCUGUACUGGCAACUUUAUCAGGAUUAGAUGCUUUGUUGUAUAACUCAUAAUCUGCUUUACUCUUUUGUCCUCCAAGAAGUCCAAUAGCUUCUACAUUUUUUUUGUUCAAAACUUUACUUGGCUGGGUAUUUCCACUGACUCUAAUCGACACUUCUUCAUCGUCAUAGUUUUCGACCACACCCCUUGCUUCCUCCUCAUUCAAUGGUUCUGGCUUACCUAUAUCACACAUUUGGUCGAUCACAAAAUUUUCCUUAUCUAGUUCUAAACUGUUAAGGUCAGUGACUUUAACAGAAGCAGUAUAAUGCCCACUACUAAUUGUAAUGCCACUAUGCAUCACAACUGCAAAUAAUCCAUAGCUGUCGUUGGUUGGCUUUGUGCUCCAUUCUUCUAGUGACAGUUUAAGAGGUGUCAGUAAAGGAGUGUUGAUCUUGGAAAGUCCACCACCAUAACAAUCAAAC